CACGAUCGUAACCAGUCGCCUCAGUAACGCCAACAAACCAACAUCGGAGAGCUGGGUGGGAAGCUGCUGGGAACGGGAUAUUUUGAACGUCCGGAGACUGCAGGCAUUCUCCGGUGGCCGUUGGCAGCCACACAUCGUAUCGUAUAAUCGGAUCAACAGACUGACCUGCCGCCCCCCAUUCGGUUUCUUUGCUGUGUCUCCCAAACCCCGUCCCCGAACAGGAACGCAAACGAAGACGAAGUAUCACGGUAAAAACGGGCCUUUAUACCUCGUGGCCACUCGUACGGCUCUGUUAAUAGGAUUUGUAGCGUAGUGGCCGUCGCUGGAGCACACGUCGCCUGAACCUCUCCACUCAGUCGUUCAGUUCUGUCCCAGCCGGUGUUUUAGCAGAAGGCAAACGAAACCUCGUGCUCUUUCACGAUGAUGGAAAAUGUCCAGACCGGAGUGGUCAAGUGUGGCGGGUAUCGGUACGACGAUGGUACACGGUAUAUUGGUGAUUGGAAUCAGCGAGGCCAGAAGCACGGUAUGGGCUCGAUGAUGUUCUCCGACGGUACCCGCUACGAUGGAGCCUUCAGCAAUGGCGUAUGUUCCGGAUUGGGCGUGAUGUGUUUUCCCGAUGGUGCCAAGUACGAAGGUGAAUUUAUGCAGGGUUGGUUUCAUGGUCACGGUGUGUUUUGGCGCGCGGACGGUAUGAAGUAUGAGGGCGAAUUCCGCGGUGGCCGCAUCUGGGGUCUCGGAUUGGUAACGUUCAGCGAUCAGAGCCAUGGAUUCCCACGCAACGAAGGAUUUUUCCAGGAUUGCCGAUUAGUGCGCAAGAAGCGGUGCCCGGACGUGAUAAGCCGGGCACAGAAAGUCGCCCUAAUGGCACGUGCGCAGUGCGAUCAGGGCAACUGAUGGCACUAGCGGAGACUCACAAUCCUUAUACGCAUUCAGUUCUGACAAACUGGCUUUGUUCGGACCAUUUCGUUCCUUAUAUGUUUGCUCCCCUUUUGCUCCGUUGCAGUUUUGUGUUCUGUUUUGUGAACCAUUGUUUUAAGGUAAUAUAAAAGCUGUAUG